AUGUUAUUAUGUAAUGGUUAUCCUUCGUCUUUUAUUGAUCAACAAUUUUAUAACUUUUUCAAUGAAUUUAUUUAUGCAACAUCAAUUCUAUCAUUUAUUGAAAAUGAGCAACAAUUUAUUCUCUUACGUCACGAAAUACUCGAUCAACCAACACCUUCACAAUCACAAGCAGCUUCAAGAGCAGCUACAGCUGAUGUUGAUAACGAUCAAACUGAUGUUACUGAAGAAACUACAUCGCGAGAGUCUGUCGAAAAGAUUCAGAAAAAGCCAAUCAGUUAUGCAGAUCGAUUAUUCCUUCACUAUACACAUGAAAAACGAUUUGAACCAUUUAAAAGAAAUAUGCAUCGGGUCUAUCAGAACGUCUUCAAAAAUACACCGGCUAUGGACCUCAAAUUAAUUGUAGAUAAUCGUAAUCGUCGUAAAGCAAAAAAUGAACUUAUACGAAAACGUCCAAAGCGAUCACUACUACAAUGCAAACAAAUGCAAACAAAUACAAAAUAA